AUGGCGGCGACGACAUCAAAUGGCCUUGUCUGCUUCACAAAUUGCCUGCUCCCGCAAGAAGAUGGGGGUUUAAUUGAAAAGGAUUUGUGGAUUGACGAACGGCGCGGCGUCAUACUAGAUGCGCAGCGAACCUUUUUCCUACGCAGGGAGCGUCCAAAUACAAUCAUUGAUCUGGGGGGAAAUAUCUUGAGUCCAGGCUUCAUUGACAUUCAGAUCAAUGGAGGGUUUGGUUUCGACUUCUCUGUUUACGAAGGCGACGAUCAAGCUUAUCGAGAUGGUUUAAAGUUGGUCGCAGAGAGAAUUGUUGAGACGGGUGUAACUGCCUUGGUCCCCACGAUCAUCACGCAAGACAAAUCUUUUUACCCCAAGCUUCUCAACCUGCUUCGUCCAUGGUCGCCCCCAAACGCUGCACACCUUCUCGGGUGGCAUGCCGAGGGGCCAUUCCUUCAGAUGUCCAAGCGGGGUGCACAUUCACCUGCGUUAAUCAUCCCUGCCUCAGAAGGGUUUGAAACUUUUGAGUCGAUUUACAGUCCAGAGAACCUGGCGGAAGCGGAAGACUGGCUCAUGUCAGGCGACAGCGAUCACAACACUGUGGGUGUGCGCAUGAUCACAGCUGCGCCCGAGGUCGAGGGCGUUAUGGAGGCCAUCAAUGAAGCCAGCAAGCGCGGAAUCUGUUUCAACAUUGGACACAGUAUGGCUACGACGGAUAUUGCAACUGCAGCAGUACGGAAUGGUGCGAGGUGCAUCACGCAUCUCUUCAACGCAAUGCCACAACUUCACCAUCGCGAUCCAUCUAUCAUUGGUUUACUUGGCGCUUCUCCUUAUCUAUCUCCUUCGUCUUCUUCAACUUUCUUGCCAUUCCCUUCCGCCAUUAUCAAUGCCCUCAAGGCCUCGAUGCCGUCACUUCCCAGCACCCAAGAGCCUUUGAUUGGUCACAUAUCAGAAGCAUUUGAUGAGAUCAAGACACCCCCUCAGACACCCAUGCUCCUUGCGGAACAGGCUCACAAGAAGUCUCGCCUUCCCACAGACAACUCCAUCGCGAGCCCUGGCUCUGCCGCUAUCACCGCCAUACCCGAGAGUAAGCAAUCGAGUAAAAAUGAGCCGAAGAACAAUGUGACGACUAUACCAUUCGAUCGACCAUUCUACGAGAUUAUCGUGGAUGGGAUUCAUUCUCAUCCCAACUCCGUGAGACUGGCGUACAGUGCUCACCCUGACGGGUGUAUCCUGAUUACCGAUGCGAUGAAGAUUCUCGAUCCGCACCUCAAGGAUGGUGUUCACGACUGGCGCGAUGGCCGCCGAUUUUACAAGGAAGGCGAUAAGCUUUACGUGGAGGGUACCACCACCCUUGCUGGAAGCGUGGUCACCCUCGACAAAUGUGUACGGAACUUCGUGCGCUACACGGGUUGUUCCAUCGGUGAAGCCAUCAGAUGUGCGACUUACAACCCUGCUAAGUGCCUGAACAUUGAGAGCAAGAAGGGUACACUGCGCGAAGGAGCAGAUGCAGACUUGGUGGUACUUGACCACCAAGGUAAUGUAUUAAGCACCUGGGUGAAGGGCAAGAUUGUGUGGGCGAGGAAGUAG